AUGACUGCUAGUAGUUAUGAGACAAAUCAUGACGAAGGAGCGAGCGGUAUGGGUAACACUGGGUCCAAUGAAGAAUCUCCUUCGAUCCGCUACAAUGCUCGUGAGGACAUCGUAGUAGGUUUACCUGAACGGUCUGCUAACAUCCCAAUGUCUCCAACAAAACCACGUCAGCGUCGCCGUAAACAACGCAAGUCUAUAAAUGCGGAUAAGGCAAGGCCACGUAGGCCAAGGCCUCGUGAUAGUGUCAGUGUGAGUAGUGAUGAAGGGGAUAACCUCCUGAACAUAUCCCAUGAUGCGUCAGAUGGAGAAUCGGGGUCCCUUAAGGGAAACCUGAGUAUCCGUUCUCUUAGUGAAAGAAAUAUUAGAUAUGGCUUUGAUCAUGAGAAAUUUUGUGAAACAAAUGGUAUCCCUAGGAAAGUCGCAGAUGACCGAACAGAGUUAGAAGUGACGAUAGAGAAAGAUAAUGUGGAUACUACUAUACCACAAGGGGAGACAACUGGUUCUGAAAAUUCUAGAGUUGGGGUUGUUGACUGUUCGGUUCUCCUCACCCCACCAUCAGAGGAGGAAGCUUUAGCCUACGCACAUAUAACAAAUUCAAGGGGGAUAACUCACAGUACUACCCCUACUAGUAGUAAUGAGACAGACAAAUCUGUUGUGGAAAAUUAUGUUGCAUUUGGUCCAAUGUCCUCAAGCGGGGCCAUGUCUGGUAUAAUGUCCUCAAGUGGGGCAAUGUCAAUAUCGGAUCAGGAUGAGGACAAGGAUGCCAGUGCCCCUGAUGCAAACACAUCCAUCACAAAUGUGGAGAACACGGACAAUAAGAACAACAUGCUUCACAACCAGACAUUACAGCAACAUUUGACAGAGAAUCUGGACAAUGCCCCUACAAUCAUAGACACUGUGGAUAACCACAUUCACACUACAGUAGGGGAUUUUAUCCAGAACACAGCAAAACCACAUUCAUACAACACAUCCUCAGGGGAUAGCAAUUCAUCGUCUCCGUACAAGUCUGCCAAUAGUCACGUACACGGGCACUCAAGCUCCUCAGGGAACAUGAGUGUAGAUGACGAGGGAACAACUGAUAGCAUGUCGUCCCGUCACAGUGACAGAAAGUUUGACCGAUGUUUCCAACAGUCCCUGUUACACCGACUCCAUGAAUAUACAACAGGGGGAAGUAAUUCUACAUCACUGGAGACUUCUCCUGACAUCUCACCAUACCACCGAGCAACAAGUAGUGGUGUGUCCAGUCGUCAGGAGAGUCUAUCUGAUCUGGCAACCUCUGAUAGUGAGAUUUUUAACAUUGAAGGCUCAUUAGCUGAACAAGAGUUUUCUAAAAUAGAAGGGGAGAUUGGUCAUUUAGAUGAGGAGUUUAUAUCUUUAAAUACCAAAUUGGCAGAACUUAUGAGUAAGUCAGCUAAUACAAGUGGUGGUAAUGCGACCACUCUUCCCAGUUUGUGUGUAGACACAGAGUCAAAGUCAGUUCCUGCUUCUCCUGUGCGUGUACAGAAUGAUGCCUUACUGAGUAACAAGAAGCUAAGACAUUGUGUGUCUGGGAAUUCUAGUCAAUCUCACAGUGAUUCUUCCUUCAGUCCACAGCACAUUCACUCAGACAGUGUUGACUUGUCAUGGGAGUACUAUGACAUGGACCCUGGAAAUUUACCUGUUAAUUCACAAUUCAAGGACAUAGCUGAAGAAGACACAGGAAAUGUCAUUGUGCAAAAAGAAGAGAGCAGCAAUGGCUUUUCUGCAGCAGAUAGCGAGAAUGGCCACACAACAUGCGAUGACCUAGAGACAGACUCCUUUAAUGAUGGCACAGGAGAAGAAAACUAUCCCAGAAUUGACCAAACCUCAGCAAGUCAGGUCCAAGUUGGGGAACAUGUGAAUAUGUUGGAAUAUGCUGAGCAAGAAUGGAGAGGAGAAACAGAGAAAGCCAUUACCAUCAAACAGGCCUACACAGAGGUAUUCACGGUAACCAACUGUCAGAGCCUGCAGCAGAUAAGGGGAGACAAUUACUGUGGGAUCCGUGGAUGUGUGUUCCAGUGUUUGUGUGAUAUGCUCAGUCUGAGGGGUAUGUGGGGAUCACUUGAUGACACCCUUUCUACCCUAGAAAGGACUUUUACUGAUCCUGCCUCCAAUCUCAGCAACUGGAACUUUGCUGGUCGUCUUGCCCCACAGGAACCACUGUCACAGAUGAAAGCCUGCCUUACUUACUUAUUCUCCAAGUUUGAGGAUGUGGAGCAGAUGUCAUUGUAUGAAGAGCGCCGUCUUUGGGCUAUGUCCUUGCUGAACUCUGAUCCUGCUGGUGACGUGAUGCUGAUGGAAGGUGUGAAACUGCUAAUGCUGCUUGAAGGAGUGCGCCUUUACAACAAAAGUCAGACAGGAGCUGAUGUUCCCUUGUUUGUGUGGCUCUUAUUUGCAAGGGACACAUCUGAUACACCUGCUAAAUUUGUCACUAAUCACCUCAACUGUGUCGGAGCUACAGCAGGCCUUGAGCAGGUGGAAAUGUUUCUACUAGGACAUGUACUUGGAGUCCGUAUAUGUGUGUUCCGCCUCAGUCAGUUUGGCCAGGAUGAUUUUGUGUCCUACUAUCCAGACAAUGAUGACAACCAACAGCCAAUUAUCAGUCUGCUGGCAGAGGAUGAUCGUCACUACAAUGUACCUGUACACUAGUGGGGCCUACACUGUACCUGUACAUUAGUGGGGCCUACACUUAACCUGUAUGUUAGCAGGGCUACACUGUACCUGCACACUAGUAGGGCCUACACUCUACCUGUAUGUUAGUGGGACCUACACUGUACCUGUAUGUUAGCAGGGCUACACUGUACCUGUAUGUUAGUAGGGCCUACACUGUAUCUGUACCUAGUGGGGCCUACACUGUACCUGUAUGUUAGUAAGGCCUACACUGUACCUGUAUGUUAGUAGGACCUACACUGUAUCUGUACCUAGUGGGGCCUACACUGUACCUGUAUGUU